UUAAAGAGUGGGAAGAGAGGGCGGGCACGCGGGAGGAGGUGUGAGAUUACGCGCGCGCCCGGUGCGUAUGCUUGCGCGAGUCGCUCUGUAACUCAAUCAGCUUGUUGAGCUGGUAAAGCGAGAAGACACGCGCUUCAGAGGAGAGGAGGAGGUGGAAAGAGAGACGGGGUUUUGAAGGCAGCGGAGGUGUCUGUGGUGCGGUUCAGGGGUGGACUGUGUGGCACGAGAGUUGUUGCGUCACGUAAUAUUGUGCUGGUGAAAACAAGCAGAGCGGUUUGACAGAGAGAGGAGAAAAGGAAGCAUUCAGUAUCGGGAAUGAUGAUGAUGAGGAGGAGGAGGAGGAUGAGGAUGCAGCCAUAACGAGGGACCAGCGUCAUAAUAACAGGGAAACGCAGAGGGGAUUUACUGAGCCAUGCAGAGAGAAGGGCUACCAAGAGAGAAGAAACUUCCACUUCUGUCGCAUGGGCUUGCCGUGCUGUGAACGGAGAACGAAGAGGCUUGAACGAGCGCAUGGACAAGUGGACAUCGGGGCUAUGCUGGAGCUUCGGCCCCUGUUGUCCACCCCGUCUCCGCCCUGCUGAAGCUCCCGGCGCGGCCCCGGAGCACAGAGGGUGAGAGAGACCUCAUGCAGGCACGCAAGAAGUACGUGCUUCUGGGCCUGUGCACAUGCUGCUGGCUGCUGCUCUUUUACUGGGGCGGCUUGCAGGAACGGCUCCUGGGUCUCAUCACCUACAGGAGGGGGGAGGUGGCGCGGCCCUGGCCCGACUGGUUAGAUCGGGCCCUGCUCCCGGGCUUUGCCGACCAGGCCGAGCUACAAAAUGACGGAGGACCGGGCGACUCGCCCAGGCAGCGGAGGCAGGCGUGGGCCGGAAUCUACAAGGACAGUCGCUGCAGGAUGGAAACUUGCUUCGACUUCGCCCGAUGUCAAGCUCCGAGCGGCUUUCGGGUCUACAUCUAUCCGCCGGAGAAGGCCGAACGGGUGUCGGAGAGCUAUCGGAAGAUCCUCACCUCGGUGGCGGAGUCGCGGUAUUACACGUCGGACCCUCGAGAGGCAUGUCUAUUCGUGUUGGGCAUCGACACGCUGGACAGGGACCAGCUGUCGACGCAGUUCGUGCCCAACGUGGACGAGCGGAUUCGAGGCUACCCUCUGUGGAACGACGGGCGGAACCACGUCAUCUUCAACCUUUAUUCCGGAACCUGGCCCAACUACACCGAGGACUUGGGCUUUAACGUGGGCCAGGCCAUCCUGGCCAAAGCCAGCCUGAACACGGAACACUUCCGACCGGGCUUUGACGUCUCAAUCCCUUUGUUCUCUAAAGAACACCCUCAGAAGGGCGGCGAGAGGGGCUGGUUAGUUCGCAACACCGUCCCUCCGAGGCGGAAAUACUUGUUGAUGUUUAAAGGUAAACGUUAUUUGACAGGCAUCGGCUCGGACACUCGCAAUGCUUUGCAUCACAUCCACAACGGCAAGGAUAUCGUCUCCCUUACGACGUGUCGCCACGGCAAGGACUGGGAGAAGCACAAGGACGCGCGGUGCGACCAUGAUAACCAGGAGUAUGAGAGAUUUGACUACCAAGAGCUGCUCCACAACUCCACCUUCUGUCUGGUUCCUCGCGGUCGGCGCUUGGGGUCGUUCCGUUUCCUGGAGUCUUUGCAGGCUGCUUGUAUCCCGGUGUUACUCAGUAACGGAUGGGAGUUACCCUUCUCUGAUGUCAUCCAAUGGAACCAGGCAGUCAUCGAGGGCGACGAGAGACUGUUGCUACAGGUCCCGUCUACGGUGCGGGCGGUGGGCAUUGACAGGGUGCUGGCUCUGAGACAGCGAACACAGAUGCUCUGGGAGGCGUACUUCUCCUCCGUGGAUAAGAUUGUACUCACCACACUGGAGAUCAUAAAGGACAGAGUGUACUCGCACAUCUCCAGAAAUAAAUUCAUGUGGAAUGCCUUACCUGGAGGGCUGCUGGUUCUGCCCGAAUACUCCACUCACCUGGCGCACUACCCCUUCUAUUACUUCAACCUUGGGAUCAGCCCAGGUCAGGAGUUCACUGCUGUAAUUCAUGCCACCUCACCUCUGGUCUCCCAGUCUCAGCCAAUCAUGAAGCUCCUUCAGGUCGUCUCCAAAUCAAAAUAUUGCUCACAGAUCAUCAUCCUGUGGAACAGUGAGAAGCCGCCCCCUCACCGGAGUAAAUGGCCGCCUAUGCCAGUGCCCCUUAUCGUCACAGAUGGCAGAAGGAAAACGAGCAGCCGUUUCCUGCCACAUGCAGCUAUUGAGACGGAGGCGGUUUUGAGCCUGGAUGAAGACACCGUGCUGUUGACCAGCGAGAUCAAUUUUGCUUUCCAUGUGUGGCGGAGUUUUCCUGAAAGGAUUGUUGGCUAUCCUCCCAGAAGCCAUUUCUGGGACCCUGUAAAAAAAGCCUGGGGCUACACCUCUAAAUGGACCAACGAGUACUCCAUCGUCCUCACUGGAGCGGCGUUUUAUCACAGGUACUACCAUCACCUGUUCUCUCACUACCUGCCCUCCUCUCUGCGUGCGCUGGUGGAUCGCACCUCUAACUGUGAGGAUAUCCUGAUGAAUUUCCUGGUCUCCUCUGUGACACACCUGCCACCGAUUAAAGUGGCGCAGAGGAAGCAGUACAAAGAGAUGCCGACCCUGCAGGGCACUAAGAUGGCACCAUGGGCGAACCCUGAGCACUUUACCCAGAGGCAGGAGUGUGUCAACACCUUUGCGAGCUGGUUUGGUUACAUGCCUCUAAUGCACUCUCAGUUUCGCCUGGACCCUGUGCUCUUUAAGGACCACGUGUCCGUCCUACGCAAGAGGUACAAAGACCUGGAGCGUGUCUGAGCCAAGCGGAGACGGGUCACGGAAUGAUACUGACUUAUCUCUACCCAUCCGCUACUGGCUGCUAGCUUGUGAUGGCCAGUCGGUGGACAAGAAAGGGGUUUUGGCCUCUUAUGACCAGUUCUCAAUAUAUGACUGACAGCUUCAUGGAUGAGAAAACAUCGCAGAUCUGUCAAUCAUUCCAGCUGCUGUUUCACUGGAGGAAUUUGUAGCAUUAAGAUGCUGUGGACUAACACAAGACAGCGAGUCGCCAAGCAACUGAAGUGAUAAUUACAUGACCAAUAAAAUAAUUCCAAAAUACAAA